GUUGAGUUAUUAGACGUAUUUGAAAAGGCCACAGGAGAAUCAAUUGGACCCAGCACUUUCGAGUUCCUUAUCAACAGACCUCUUGAAAGCAUCAUUUUGCCACAAAGCGCGACUCUUUCACGUCUUGAUAUCUGUGAACAUGAAACUACAGGGACAACUACAAGUGGGACAACAACAACUAGUGCAACGACAACCACAAGUGGAACAACCACUACCAGUGCAACGACAACCACAAGUGGAACAACCACUACCAGUGGAACAACAACCGAAACGACCCCAUGUGACAAGAUUGAUCUGAUGAACCCAAGUGAGAACCCAUCACCAGCACCGACAUCAUCCCCAGUCGGUAAUGGAGGAGACAACCCUCUGUCGGAAAUACCUUUGGACGAGUCACCCUUCGUUGACUCAGUGAAGGGCACAUCUCCAACGAUCUUCACUUCAGUGCCUUCUCAGGAAACAACCAACCCUCAGGAGACUGAGUUCCCUGUCAAACCUUCGACUGAUAAGAUUAUCUUGGUAACCAAAGAGAAACCUGACGACUUCACAGUCAAUGGGACACCAGUUGAUACCUCUAGCAGUACCGAAGGCACCGUUGAUGGCACACCCGUUUUCCUCACUACUGUGCCACUUACACCAAGUACAGAUCCAGUGACAGUAAUCACUCCAGCUGGAAAAGACAAACCUGAAGUCUUCCAAGAAAUUGAGGGCAAUCCGGAUACAGCAAAUCCUUCUCUUUAUGAAGUUCCCGUCAAUGGUCCAGUAUCAAAAAUUCUUGUGCCAGGAACUAGCUCGGUAUCUGAAAUUGUCAUAUGCCAGCACGAGACAACAGGGACAACCACAAGUGGAACAACUACAACCAGUGCAACGACAACCACAAGUGGAACUACCACAACCAGUGGUACAACAACCACAAGUGGAACAACCACUACCAGUGGAACAACAACGGAAACGACCCCAUGUGACAAGAUUGAUCUGAUGAACCCAAGUGAGAACCCAUCACCAGCACCGACAUCAUCCCCAGUCGGUAAUGGAGGAGACAACCCUCUGUCGGAAAUACCUUUGGACGAGUCACCCUUCGUUGACUCAGUGAAGGGCACAUCUCCAACGAUCUUCACUUCAGUGCCUUCUCAGGAAACAACCAACCCUCAGGCUACUGAGUUCCCUGUCAAACCUUCGACUGAUAAGAUUAUCUUGGUAACCAAAGAGAAACCUGACGACUUCACAGUCAAUGGGACACCAGUUGAUACCUCUAGCAGUACCGAAGGCACCGUUGAUGGCACACCCGUUUUCCUCACUACUGUGCCACUUACACCAAGUACAGAUCCAGUGACAGUAAUCACUCCAGCUGGAAAAGACAAACCUGAAGUCUUCCAAGAAAUUGAGGGCAAUCCGGAUACAGCAAAUCCUUCUCUUUAUGAAGUUCCCGUCAAUGGUCCAGUAUCAAAAAUUCUUGUGCCAGGAACUAGCUCGGUAUCUGAAAUUGUCAUAUGCCAGCACGAGACAACAGGUAAGGCUGCACAUAUGUACCUUGUGUUUAAGAAUGCUUCGCAUUUCUUGGACCGAAUGGAACCAUCAAUCUGAUU